UUUCGCGGUAUCCAAGCACAAAAUCACGGUUCCAAUCUCACAUUCUUGACUCCUCCGAUCUCAAAAGUUCGGUAAACUUUGAUCAUUAAUGUGAUAUUCUUUCUUAUUUUCUGUGUGAUUCUGGUUCCGAUUUUCUGAAUUCAGUUAACUUGAUUUCGCACUGAGCCAGCUUAUGUAUGUAUUACUUACACACGCAGUAUUUUGCAGCACUUAACUGGGUAUUCAUUCUUUACAAUUAUCCUCAUCCUGUUGGAAUUAAUUGAAUGAUUCACGGAUCGCAGAUUCAUCCUUUUUUUUUUUAACAUAUAUAUAUAUAUAUACAUUUAUUAGCAUAGCAAGUAUCUGGGGUUUGUUUUAUUUUUUGUUUUAUUUUAUUUUUUAGUUUUUGGCCAUCAAAUAUCUGGGGUUUGUUAUUUUUGUGUAAAAAUGUUGUCUUCUUUUUUUUUUUUUGGGCUUCAAAAUGUUGUCUUCUUUGAUAAGAUGCUUUUGUACAUAGGUUUUUAAGUCAAAAUUAACCAUUCAUUCAUAAAAUUGGUUCCAAGGUAAUUUAGUUUUGCUGUUUAUAGGAGAUGAUAGAUUUGAUUUAUUAAAUCAGAUAUGAAUAUGAAGUUAAUUUAGUAAUUUUAUUGGCAAAUAAGUAAAAACUCAUCAUAGAGAUUAGAAGUUGUAUUCUGUUUUUAAUGUUGGUACAUGCUAGUUUUGCAUUUUUAACUCGGUGCUUUAUUUGACACAUUUUUUGUGAUAGAUAUUUAGUACUUGUUAAGGGAAAAAGAAUGAACUACCAAUACACAUUUAUAAAAUUUUAUUCUGCCAUAUAUCAAAGAUUUUUUCCCUCGUCAUGUUUUAUGAUAUUGAGUGAUUCAUGAACCCUUGAGUUACUUCAAAUACACACUUGAUUCUGUUUUUCUUUGUUAGUUUAUUAGUACUAACAUUUUUGUCUGAAAGAUAUAAAAUUUCUACUGACAUGUAACACUAGUUCACUAUGAAGGUACUCAGAUUAACUGUCUAGUCUGUUUAAUUACGCCUUUUAGGGCCUCUUUCUGUUAGAGCUUGGUGAGAAACUCGAGCAAGACCCAUCUGAGAAAUCUACCUGGUGAAACUAGGAUUGGACUUAUCUGGAUUGUAGUCCAUCUUGUUCCAUAUGGUUCUCUUAGUUUGGCCCAUUUAGUGAAGUCAUUGCUUAUGUAUAGCUUGUCUGUUUUAUGGUAAGAAACUAAAGGUCAUGCGUCUGGUGUGAAGUUCACAGGAUAAACACUAACCUAGGAUAUGGCUCUUCCACUGAAGUCAUUGCUUACGUAUCACUUGUCCAUUAUAUGGUAACUAAAGGUCAUGCGUUUGGUGUGAAGUUCACGGGAUAAACACUAACCUUGUAUAUGGCUCUUCCACUGAAGUCAUUGCUUACGUAUCACUUGUCAAUUAUAUGGUAACUAAAGGUCAUGCGUCUGGUGUGAAGUUCACGGGAUAAACACUAACCUUGGAUAUGGCUCUUCCACUGAAGUCAUUGCUUACGUAUCACUUGUCCAUUAUAUGGUAACUAAGGGUCACGCGUCUGGUGUGAAGCUCACGAGAUACAUGUUUAUUAGACCUCAAAUUUCAUCCACAUUCAGUAUAAAAAGGCUUGCUAUUAUACAAGACUCACUCAACUAUUCAGUCUUUCUGCAAGGCUUUCACCUAGUGUUUUGAUUGGGCUCUUUCUACCUUUUGAAGCCGUUGCCAACAUGCAGGAGCUUAAAGAAGGUGAAGGUGAAGAUGAAAAGGAAGAUGAUCCAGUUAAGAAACUAAGUUUUGACUGUCAGAUCAGUGAUCUACCAAAACUGUAUGACUCUGCUGUCUUAAUCUUCUCUGCUGGAGAGUCUAAGCUAAGCUGGAACCAGCCUAGAUUGGAAGAAGCAUACUUGGAUUUGAAAUGGAAACGGCCUUUGAACCUUUCAAUACGCUGUCAAUAUUCCUUCUUGGAACAGAUACAAUAUGCUAACGUUCUUUCUGUUUGCUCCUACUUAAUUCAGCAUGAGGACACCUAAGGCCAUCACAUGAAGCAGUUUUUAAUGAAUGCCAAUCCUGAGCAGAGUAACCUCCUACUGGAGUGCACAAUGGAGAUGGAAUUCAAAAGCGAUAGAAGAUGGCUUCUCCGAUGAUGGUGACGAUAGAGAAUGACCUAAUUCAGCUCCUGUUUAUGAUUGCUUCUUCUUCAGCCCUGUAGUUGGUUUCAGAACCACAUUCUACUGAUUGGGCUGAUAGAGGAUAAUGGUCAUCCUAUGGAGCAAUCCAUCAUUUUGAAGCGCGUAACAAACUUCAAGUUUGUAUCUGAGCUGGAAAAAAUGUUAAAACUGGAGCUACCAUUCUCUUCGUUGGUUCAUCAGAUGUCUUCCUCAGCAUACCAAACCGGCAAUGAUGAAAGUGGAUAUUGUCUUGAGCCUGAUUAUGGGCAGACGCAUUGGCUGGAAUACCAAAUUGGAAUCGUUGUCGAGAUACAACUCUAUAUCUUGGCUGAUUUCUUAGCUUUCUUUUCAUUCUUCUGAAAUCCAGUACAAUCCGAUGACUUAGUGGAUUUUUUCUUUAUUGAUGUUGAUCCUGAGCAGAGUACUCAUGUAAUGAAGUUCAUAAUAGAGA